AAAAAGAAGAAAAAAAAGGAGUUGAAAAUUCAAUUCUUUACUGUAUUUGCUUGUGUUGUUGUUAGCUUUAGCUUCACUGAAAGCGAGAAGAGAGAGAAAAAAUGGCGUCGCCGGCAGUGAUCCGGUGUUACGCACUCACUUUUACACUCUCACUGUUUCUGCUCAUCACACCGUCCAUUUCCAUCUACUGUGAUGAUGAUGAUUGCUAUGAUCUUCUUGGGGUUUCUCAAAAUGCGAACGCUUCGGAAAUCAAGAAAGCUUAUUACAAGCUCUCUUUGAAAUACCAUCCUGAUAAGAAUCCAGACCCAGAAUCUAGAAAAUUGUUUGUAAAGGUUGCAAAUGCAUACGAGAUUUUGAAAGAUGAUGAAACACGUUCACAGUAUGAUUAUGCUAUAGAGCAUCCAGAGGAGUUUUUCUAUAAUACUGCAAGAUACUACCAAGCCUACUAUGGUCACAAGACGGAUCCUCGAGCUGUUCUAGUUGGUCUUCUUCUUAUUCUCUCUGGAUUGCAAUAUGUAAAUCAGUGGACAAGGUACAAUCAGGCUGUAGAGAUGGUUAAGAAGACACCUGCUUACAAAAAUAAGCUACGGGCAUUGGAACUUGAACGCUCAGGAGGAGUAUCUAAUAGGAAAAAGAAUAUCAAAAUGAACAAGACAGUACAAGAGGAUUUGAGUAAAGAGCUUGAUUUACAAAUUACAGGAGCUGAAAAUCCGUCUGUAUGGGGCCUAAUUUGUGUUCGAAUUGUCCUUUUACCGUACACUCUCGUCAAGCUUCUUUUGUGGCACGGGUGUUGGUUUUGGAGAUACACCUUUAAGAAAGCGCCAUAUUCUUGGGAAGAUGCCUCAUACCUUACAAUUAGAUCACUUGGUGCAUCUGCUGAUGCAUGGAGGAAUCUUGAUGAAGCGACUAAGGAUGAUCUUGUUAAGAGAAAACUGUGGGUGAAAUCCAACAUGGACAGCUACGUGUCGGAGAUGCGGAGAGAAUCAAAGCGUCGAAGAUAGCUGAUAUUCUUUUGCUGACAAUUUUGUUCCAAAAUAUGCCGAGAUGACAUUCUUUUCAUUCAGUGAUGCAAACCAUUCUCAGUGGAAGGGGCAGGAAAUGGCGCUCAAAUUAAUGGGAUGGGAUUUUCUUAAUGAAAUUGUAAUUCGAGUGUAGAUCUUUGUGUAAAAGACUUGCUCCAUCUAAGAACAUGGAACGAGAUCUAGAACAUACUCACACCGGCAAUGGGAACAUAGGAUAGUUAUACAUUUAGGUCUUCAAUUUUGAUUCUAGUAAUAUGAACACAAGAUAUUGCAUUUUUACAAAAGACAUUGUGAUGAAUAUACUCACACUGGCAUAUACCAAACAAGUAUUCUGUUUUUGUCUACA